AUGGGAAAUGACGACCAGAGAAAAAAUGAGGCAUACACAACAAUAAGAAUACAAAAGAAGUCUGGCAAGAAACGAAUAAACAUUGACUUAAGGCUGAAGAUUGACACUGGAGCCCAGAGUGAUAUCUUACCUGUCAACCUCUACAAAAAGAUGUUCCCAGAACACAUGACAGAAGGGGAUAAAGUCAAAGAAGGAAUCCUCACACCAAGUGAUGUAAUCCUCACUGCGUACAGAGGUACCAGGAUUCCACAACUGGGUAAAACAACUAUCACAGGGACACACAAAGGAAAAACAAUCAAGUGUUCUUUUUAUGUCACAAUUCUUGGACUAAAUACCUGCAAAAAGCUAAAUAUUGUGUCAAUCAAUGCUGAAGUGAAAGCAGCUCCAAGCAGGAUUGACAGAGAUAUGCCUAUCAAAGACCGACCACCAAUCACAAACAAAGAAGAACUGAUAAGCAUGUACCCUGAAUGCUUUGACGAUACAGUCGGGUGCUUUGUGAAAUGUCGAUAUCAUAUAACAGUCGACCCCAAUAUCAAACCAAUUGUUCACCCACCUCGCCGCGUCCCUCUAGAACUAAAAGAGAAGCUGGAGACAGAGUUGGACAGAAUGGAAAAAAAAGAAAUAUUCACCAAAGUGACACGACCAACAGACUGGGUGAAUUCAAUUGUAAUCAAGGAAAAACCCAAUGGUACCCUACGGAUAUGCCUCGACCCAAGGGACCUGAACAAGGCAUUAAAAAGAGAGUACCAUCCAAUUCCAACCCUUGAAGAAAUCACACCAUCAUUGGCUGGAUCCAAAUUAUUCAGCAAACUGGAUGCCAGUAAGGGGUACUGGAAUAUAAAGAUAGACAAAGAGUCAUCCAUGCUCACUACCUUCAACACACCAUUUGGCAGAUAUCGGUUCAACCGACUCCCAUUUGGAUUAAAGGUGAGCCAAGAUGUUUUCCAGCGCCAAAUAGAUGAAACCUACCAAGGCUGCAAGGGAGCAAUUGGAAUAGCAGAUGACAUCCAAGUGCAUAGCAAGGAUGAAACCACACAUGACUUCAAUUUACAUGAAGCUAUGGAGAAAACCCGACAAGCAGGCAUCAAACUCAAUGCAGACAAGUGUAUAAUAAAAGCAAAGGAGUGCAAAUUCUUUGGAAUUAUAUACUCUGCAGGGGGAGUUAAACCAGACCCCGCUAAAGUGGAAGCCAUCAGAGACAUUAAAGAUCCUAAAGACAGGAAGGAACUCAGGAGCUUCCUGGGACUCAUCCACUACAUGGGAGCCUUCAUACCCAAGCUGGCCGAUCACACUGCAAAUCUCCGAGAACUAAACAAAGAUGACGUAGAGUUUGAUUGGUGUGCUUUACACACAGGAUUUCAAAACAAUCAAAAAAUUCAUCAGUAA